UUCUUCAUAGCUCAAAUCAAAAAGCAUUCGAAAAUUCUCUUUUACAGAUUUGAAUCCGAUGCAUCAUCAACAAAUGUUAAGAUUAGCAGUGAUAUCGGGAAUUGUUCAUUUAUAGAAUUUUUUUCAGUAUAUUUUCAGUGGCAAAAUAUGUCAAUUACAAUUUUCAUUUUUGAAAAAAUGCAGCUUCAUGUGUUAAAUUGAGCAAAUGCAUCCUUCACCUUAAACAGCUGUAUCUUGUUCAUUGUAACAUGUGUUUCACAUAGAAGUUAAAUCGCAGGACCAAUGUCUACCUUAUCGUCUAAUUAAAUUUUAUUUUAUUGCAAAUAAUUUCGAUGAUCUUUUCCUUUGCCAAGUCUAAAGUGCCUAUUUCUAUAUUCUAGUCUUACUAUUGCGUUAGCUUCAAUCUGGCAGCCAUGAGCAUCAAAAGGUCCAAGUUAUUGAUUGCUAUAUUAAUCGCAUUAAUAACAGUCUUUCUACUGAUUCAACUAGUUUUCCAAAAAUCUCAUCCAUUACCUCAGAUACCACCGAUUCCAACUUCAGUUUUAGUUAAAAGUGCUGAAAAUUUAUCUUCUGAAGACAAUGUAAUUGGAAGUGAUGUCAAAUCAAUACCAAAUCAAUCCAUACAAAAACAACCAGAAGAAACCAUUCCUGAUCUUGGAUCACCUAAUCUACAAUAUUUACCAACCAUUGAUGAUCAUCAAGCUAAGAUUUCACCGUUAAAUGGAGAUGGAACUAAUGUUGCAGAGCUUCCUCAUUCAUCGCAAACAGUACCUAGAACUUUCCAAAUAUUAUUGUGGACUGAUUUUUUCAGUCAAAAAAACUAUGUUCGAGAUGAAUGGAGAUCAAAUUGUGACUACACAAACUGUCGAUUUACAUCAAAUCGUAGCAUAUUGGAAAAUGCUGAUGGUCUUAUAUUUCAUGCUAGAGAUAUUAAUAUUUCAGAUUUACCAAAUAAACGUAAACCUGAACAAAGAUGGAUCUUUUUAAAUCACGAAUCACCUGCUCACACCUCUUUCAGUUCUCUUUCUUCAUUGGAUGGUCUCAUUAAUUGGACAGCAACUUAUCGCCUGGACUCAGACUUCAAAUUAUCUCCACUAUUUGUUCCUGUUCCCACUGUUUUACCCAAACCUUUUAUCAAUAAUCAAAGGCCAGGAAUUGUGAGUUGGCUAGUGAGCAAUUGUCACACCCCGAGCAAUCGAGAAGCUUAUGUGGAAGAGCUUUCUAAAUACAUUCCUGUGGAUAUUUAUGGAGCUUGUGGUAAUCACACAUGCUUACCAAAAAUGUCUCAGGAUUGCUAUAAGACAUUAGCUGAUAAAUAUUAUUUUUAUCUUUCAUUCGAAAACUCUAUCUGCUCCGAUUAUGUGACGGAAAAAUUUUUCUUCAUAAUGAACUAUCCUAUCGUACCAAUCGUUUUUGGUGGCGCAGAUUAUAAGAAAAUUGCGCCUUCCAAUUCAUUUAUUGAUGCAUUAUCAUAUGAAUCUCCAAGAAGUUUAGCUGAAUAUCUAAAGCAUUUGCUUGAAAAUCCAGAUGAUUAUAAUAGUUACUUCAACUGGAAAAGGUUUUACACUCAAUCCUCAUCUCAUUAUGCUUGUCAAAUUUGUAAAGCUUUGAACAAAGAAGGCGAUUCCAAGAAAACAUGGGAUAAAUUAUCUGAAUGGUGGUUUGGAAAUGCUACUUGUUACCGUUGGGACAAAAACAAGCUAAUUCAAUCAGAAUUAGCUUGAUUUUUAAAUUUCGAAUCUUCAUUCUUCCCUCCAUAAAAAGAUUAUUCCUGUUGAAUGUUAAACUGUUUUUAAUCAAGCGUAACAUGACUUCAAAUUAAUAAGGUUUAUUCUCAUUGAUCAAACAACCUAUUCGUUAAUUUUAAACUAAAUGAAGAAUGUAAAAUUUCACACAUUAACUCUUCGUCAAAAUGUAAUGAUCAAAUGCAUGCGAAUCUCUUCCAACGCAUUUUCUUGUCCAAAACAUGUAUUUUACAAGUCAUACUUAAGAUAAUCUCAAUUUUUA